GAAACACGCGCGCGUGAAUUUCGUAUGUGUGUAUCAACCGUAUCUACUCUAACUAAGAUCCCGGGAGUCCGGCAGGUAGGCUGGAAAGCUUGUGUUUAAGGCUGCAGCUGGGAUUGGCUCCGGUCCUGAUCCUGACCGCCGGCCACACACAUACUCUACUCUACAUCCAUACGUCGUCACCGAAAACUUCUCUCUCUCUUCUCUCUCUUCUCCCUCCCAUCUACGCUCCGGCAUUCCCCAAUCCACCGUCCAACCUUCAACAAUGUCCAACCUCCCCGCCUUCUCCCUCCACCCCUGCCCUGCUAGCGAGCGCGCCGCGGCACUGCAUCUAAUAACCGACUCGAUCGCGCAGCAGCGACAGACGUUAUCCCGCUCAAUCCUGUCCUCUCCCGUCUUCCUCCUCCCCUCGCUCAGCCUGCUCUCUCUCGUCUUCUACCUGAACCGCACCAACAUCCCCACAGCCGUGAUCCUGCUCUCGGGCGUCUGCAUCGCGAUCCUGAGCGCUAUACGCAUGGAGGGCGCGCAGUACCUUGAGGAGGCGGAGAGGAUGGGGCGCGAGGGGAUAGAGGUGCUAAACGAGGAGGAGGAGGGGACGAAGACGGUUGUGGCCACGUGGGGUGAGAAGGUUGUUGGUGUCGCUGUGGUUAGGCAGGGCGAGCUGUGGGCGUGGACGGUGCUGCUGAGGUAUAGGCGCAGUGGGCUGGGGAGGGAUUUGCUCGCGAGAGUGGUCAAGGAGGCGGGGGAGGAAGGGGUGAAGGGCGUGGCGAAGGAUAAUGCGAAUUCGUACAGGAUCAAGGGAUUGCCCGGUACUUUUAAUGCGCCGUUUGCGAGCAACGAAGAGCUUGCUAGGAGGGUAUUGAUGGAAGUCUCGAAGGGUGGAAAGAAGGAGUAGAGUAAUUCUGCUGCCGGAAGACCAGUCUCGGACGGAUUUUCACGGCGAGUGAUAUCCCAUGCAGUCUUUUGCGACCACCACUGUCGCAGCAGUGUAUCUAUCCGGCCGAGAAAGAAUAUCUCGUUUGUAUGUACAUACAGGAUGAUCAAACACAGGGAUAAUCGUCGAGAAAACAUGAGGGGAUAAAGUGAAGAAU